GUUGCCAGCUCAUGCUUCGUUCAAAAUGGAGGAUGUAGAGAUGUAUUCUGACCAUUUGCUUUUUAACAAGCGUCAACUAGGACCGAUUGGCCAAUACACAGUGACUACACCAUAUGUAAUCGCACUGGUGGUUGCUAAAUUUCUUCAUACAUUUGGUUUAUUUGUGACAUAUGAGCAGCUGAAAGUCAUUCAUGUUGUUCAAUUCUUAUUUGUUGUUAGGCUUUGCACUACUGUUGUCCUCGUUAUAUUACAAAGACCUGUGUCAUCAGGAAAAAAAAUUACUUCCAAUCAGUGGUACAAGAUUGGUAAACAUGCUUUAGUAUCAACUAUAAUAGGUCUGAUAUGGCUCGAAGGACUUACCCUUUGUGGUGCUUUAAGAACUGUUUUACUCUAUGAACAUAGUGAUGCUGUGGUAUUGGCAGCAUUAGGAGUUCUUUUUCAUUCUGGUGGUACUGGCCCAUCAAAGGUCAGAGGAUCAUUACUGUUUUUAUUAGGAAUUUUGUGUCUUCUACUGUUUGAUAACGAUUCUCCAAGUUUGAGCCAUCCGGAGGGUCAUCACAAAAGCCAGUGGAUUCAUUGGUACUAUCAAGUCUUGUCUUGGCUAGGUUUACCAGAUCACAAGGGUGGCCUGAUUCUUUUAGUUCUUGUUCUUUUGUUUAAAAUUGCUCACAAGAAUGUUUCAAGAACUUUAGCAGUUGAGAUUGGAGGUGCCAAAAGACUAGCUGCUCUUUCAAGUUGUGUUUCAACUGUGCUUCUUCUUCCUUUGGCUCUGUUAUCAAAUUUUACUCAAACAACAGAUGUUGACUGGCUUGAAGCAAUAAUUCCUCUGGCUGUGGUCAUUUUUGUUGUAUUCAUUUUUGACUUCUACAUUGAGUCUUUCUGUGUGGCAAAACUGGAGUCACUUAGGACAGGAAAGAUAGGCUCCAUAGCUUCAUUCUUAUCAGCUGUGAUCAUAGCAUUGUUGUGGGAUAAGCCAUGGGUGUGGAGCAUGCAUGAAUGGCACCACGGCAAACAAUCUGAACCACAUCUAGUAUCAGCUGGAACACUUUUUGCUGCUUUUUUCUUUGUGCUGGCCACAAGGUUAUUGUCAAGGCCAUCUCCUCGUAUGACCAAAGGAAAUCUGAUUGGUUACACAACUGGUGGCCUGCCAAUCUAUAACUUCCAAACACCACAGUCAGUACUGACGACAGUGCAAAGUCUUUUGAGACAAAUUGUGGAGCAGUCAGAAUCUAGGCAGAUAUUUUACUUCCUUUGUCUCAAUCUGCUGUUCACAGGAAUAGAGCUGUUGUAUGGUGCCUGGACCAACAGCCUUGGUCUGAUAUCAGAUGGUUUCCAUAUGCUGUUUGACUGCACUGCUCUUGUUAUUGGACUUUGUGCAGCUCUCAUGGCUAGGUGGAAAGCUUCUAGGACAUUUUCCUAUGGUUAUGGCCGUGUAGAGAUUUUAUCAGGCUUUGUCAACGGUAUUUUCUUGGUGGUAAUCUCCUUCUUUGUUUUCAUCGCUGCAAUUCAGCGUCUGUUUGAUCCUCCAACAGUCAGCACUGAAAGAUUAUUAGUUGUUUCUGUUGGAGGACUUGUGGUAAAUUUGGUUGGUAUAUUUGCGUUCAGACAUGCGCACUCACAUGGUAGCAGUUCACACGGUCACAGUCACCAUGGCCAUGGUGGCCAUGGUAGCCAUGGGCACAGUCAUGGACACCAUGGUCACAGUCAUGGACACGGGCACGCCCAUGAUGAACAUCAUGAUCGUAGUGUAAACAUGCAAGGUGUAUUUCUUCACGUUGUCGCUGAUACCAUGGGAAGUGUAGGAGUCAUAGUGUCCUCUGUGCUCAUUGAACAAUUUGGAUUCUUUAUUGCUGAUCCUCUUUGUUCGUUAUUCAUCGCAGUUUUGAUUUUCCUCAGUGUCCUUCCUCUCCUACAGGAGUCCUCACAAGUGUUAUUAUUAAGAACACCAGGAGACUUGGACAAAACUCUAGGCAGUGCUUUUAAUAAGAUUUUAUCACUGGACGGUGUUUUGUCGUACCGUGAUCCUCAUUUCUGGAGACACUCAUCUGAUUCCAUAGUUGGCGUCAUUCAUGUACAAGUAGCUCCGUCAGCAAACGAACAGAGGAUUAUUCAGCAGGUCAGCGCGCUUUUCAAAGAAUACGGUAUCAAUAAAUUUAGUGUUCAAGUGGAAAAAGAAGCUUUCUUCCAUCAUAUGUCGGCCUUGUCUGCUGGAUACAAAUCUGUGUUAGCCCUGAAGCAGGGUGCUGAUAUGGGAUUGUCCUCCUCUGGUGGAGAAUUUGACUACGGUGUGAUAAAAGCCGUUUGACGAAUGAUGUAAUUUAUAACUGAUAUAAUUGUUAUUUAUUUUCCAUCCAACGAAGUUUUAAGGAGCUAUGUCACGACUGGGGCAUCGUGAAAUAUGUGGUUCAACUUUUCAGGGUUUUUUCUGUUUACAUUUGUUUUUACUUUUCUCCAUUGUUGGCAACUCUCUCUUUUUUUUUACGGCUUUGUAUUUAACACUUUGCAGUAUUUCAUCCUGUCCAACCUCGAAUUUUGUUUCUUUUUGUUGAACUUUGUAAAAAUAGUUCAAACUAUCGUGAUGUAUCUCCUGUAAGACUUCUUAUGCUGGCGAAUUCUGAUGUUUGUCAGAAUUUGUCAUGUAGAUAGGUGCACUCUUGUAAAGUAAAUGAAACAAUAUAUUGUCCUGUAC